GCCAGCUAGCCAUACAGCUGAGCAUUAAGUCCACAGCGUCAUCUGUAAUGAAGAUCACGAUAGAAGAGAAGAUACCACGAAGCCUUCUUGUCACACUGGAUAUGAAUUAGAAUUUUUGAAAAGAAAGUUAAAAUUAUUUACUUUCAUUUUAGUGUUCCAAUUUCAUAAUACUUAUUUGGUUUUGGUAUUAGGGACUGAAUAUGGGACUUCACAAGUGUUAGAUAAACACUAUGUCCCUGAACUCUAUCUCCAUAUUCUUUUCUCUAAGUAGACUCAGAGAGUAGAAAUUAAUUCAGUGCUAAGCUGCAGGAUAAACUAAUAUUCAUUCUUGUAUUUCCCCCUAUUUUUGUAUAUGAAAAAGAGUAGCUAACCAAGAGCCUUAGUCAUUCAUAAUGAAAUAUACCAAAUGCAACUUUGCCGUGUCAGUUUUUGGCAUCAUAAUCUAUGUAGCUGAUUUGGUUGCAGACAUCCUCCUGUCUGUUAGGUAUUUCCAUGAUGGACACUAUGUUUUUGGUGUUUUAACAUUAAGCUUUGUGCUUUGUGGAACAGUCAUAGUCCAGUGUUUUAGCUAUUCGUGGUUGAAGGAUGACUUAAAGAAAACAAGACAAGAAAAUGAGCAUUCUUUUCUUCUACUCCAUUGCUUGCAAGGAGGAGUUUUUACAAGGUAUUGGUUUGCCUUGAGACAGGGUUACCAGGUGGUUUUCAAACCCAGCAGCAGAACAAGUGAUUUCUCAGAGGAGCAAACGGACCCUCACAAAGAAGCUAUAGGCAUAGCCACCGACUUGAGCAUGCUCAGGCUGUUUGAGGCCUACCUGGAAAGCUGCCCACAGCUCAUUCUUCAGCUCUAUGCCUUUCUGGAGCGGGGCCAGGCAACUUUAAGUCAGUAUGCGGUCAUCAUGGCUUCCUGCUUUGCUAUUUCUUGGUCAACAGUCGAUUAUCAAAUAGCUUUAAGAAAAUCAUUACCUGAUAAAAAUCACCUCAGUGGACUCUGGCCCAAACUCACAUAUCUCUUCUAUAAGCUGUUUACCUUGCUGUCGUGGAUGCUGAGUGUGGUGCUUCUGCUCUUUGUGGAUGUGAAGGGUGCUUUGUUCCUGCUGUCAUUUCUUUGGAUCAUAGGUUUUAUUUGGGCGUUUAUAAAGCAAACUCAGUUUUGUAAUUCUCUACAUAUGGAAUUCUUAUAUAGGACUGUUGUUGGAUUCAUCCUUGUGUUUACGUUUUUUAAUAUCAAGGGACAGAAUACCAAAUGUCCAAUGUCUUGCUAUUAUACUGUAAGGGUGCUAGGCACCCUGGGCAUCUUGACUGUGUUUUGGGUUUAUCCUCUCUCUAUUUUUAAUUCAGACUAUUUUAUCCCUAUCAGCGCAGUCAUAGUUCUCUCUCUUUUCCUUGGGAUUAUUUUUCUUACUGUUUAUUAUGGGGUUUUUCACCCAAACAGAUAUGUAAAAACACAGCACGAUGAAACUGAUGGAAAACCAGCCCAGAGAGAUUGUAGAAUGAGAUAUUUUCUAAUGGAUUAA